GGGUUCAGGGAACUUGUUUUUCCACUUUCUCACCGUCCCUCUUGCGCUCUCUCUUUCUCUUUCUCCAUUCACUGAGCUCCGGUGCAGACUGCAGACUCGAUCUCCGACCCCACCUCCUUCUCCUAAUCAAACCAACUAUCACCAAUCUACCACAGACCCCACCUCCUUCUCCUAAUCAAACCAACUAUCACCAAUCUACCACAGACCCCACCUCCUUCUCCUAAUCAAACCAACUAUCACCAAUCUACCACAGACCCCACCUCCUUCUCCUAAUCAAACCAACUAUCACCAAUCUACCACAAUGGCUGGUCGAGGCAGUGUGAGAGCCAGUGGAAACUUCAACGCCAACCAAGAUGCAGAGACACUCUACAAGGCCAUGAAGGGACUGGGAACUGAUGAAGAUUCCAUCAUGAAGGUAUUGACGUCCCGUAGCAACAGCCAGAGACAGCAGAUCAAAGCUGCAUACAAGACCCUGCACGGCAAGGACCUGGUAGGUGAUCUGAAGGGUGAACUGGGGGGAAAGUUUGAGACUCUGGUGGUGGCUCUGAUGACUCCGCCAAUCCUCUACGAUGUGACAUCAUUACGGAACGCCAUCAAGGGGGCGGGGACUGAUGAGAAGGUGCUGAUUGAGAUCCUGUCUUCUAGAACGGCCCAGCAGAUUAAGGACAUCACUGCUGCCUACCGCCAGGAGUGUGGUAAGGACCUGGAGGAGGAUGUAACAGGAGACACAUCAGGUCACUUCAGGAGACUGCUGGUCAUCCUGCUACAGCUUCUGGACAUCAGAACAGCGAUUACUCACCUCGAACUGGACAAAUAUUUUUUCUUUAACGAUUCCGACGCCGAUGAUUUACUGCUUUCUCGGGAACGGGCCCAAAUCCCCGUAAUUUGCAUGAAGAAAAGACUGAGAAAAAGGGGUCGGAGGUCGGGCUGCCUUCUGAGGGACUAAACCUCCACUACCAUC